AUGUUGUUGAGUGAACUGAUGCCCUGGUGGAACGCGGCGGAAGCCGAGAGGGAAUGGCUUGAAUUCUCGCUGAACCUCCGUCGGGAGGAGGAAGGGGGGAUCAAGACGAAGACGAAGACGACACCAGAUUUCGAGAUCUGCCAGGAGCCAGAGGCUCCCCGUUUCCCAGUGCGAACUUGGGAAGAGCGUGUUGCUGCUGCACAGGCUACCUUUCCCACCACCGCCACGGCUACCCCAAAGAAGCUUGCUGCUGUAGCUUGGGCAGCCGUCAAGCAGAAGAUGACAAAGUUCAUGUUUGAGCUCAAGCUGAAGUUGAGCCCAAAGGACGUUCUACCCUCAGAGAAGUCCUGA